CCAUUUGUAUUGGUCACCAAGGUUUUUCCAAAUUAGCUUUUUAUUAGAAAAGUUUCCAUCAAUAGGGAAGGGAAAGAAUCCUCUAGAACUACUAGAUCUGCGGGAGGGAUAUCAACUGAAAGGUCAAGAGUUGAAGGUAUAUAUAAGAUAGAGUCAUCAUGGGGAUGUUAUAUGGGAAGAGAAAUGUCUCAGGCUGUGUGAAUUAUCCUCAAUUUUCUCAUGGAUAAAACUAGUUACAGAUACCAAAACCAGGUGUGGAAGUGAGUGUAGAGACCUGAGUACAUUUUUGUUUCUAUUGCUAUUUUUUGUUUUGAUUGGUAUUAACAUAACAUAAACUAGAUGUAAAUGUGUUAUUAAACAGUAAAUGUAUCAUGAAAAGCAGGGACCAUGUUUUAUUCAUUUUUGUUUCUCUAGUUCUCAACUUAAUGUUUAGUAAUGGUAGGCAAUCAAUAAAUAUUGAACCAAAUAACUAAUUAUUUCAUUAAUUCUUGUGAACAGACUGGAUUAUGGACAGAACUCAGGAAGAUUGAAAAUAAUUUCUUAAAGCCACUCCAUACAGGACUUAAUAUGUCAAAAGCACAUUAUGAAGCUGAAAUUAAAAAUAGCCAAGAAGUCCAGAAGGCUAAAGAUCUUUGUUCUAUUACUGUAGGUGGAAAAGAGAUCCCUAAUAUGCCUCCUGAAAUGCAGCUUAAGGUCCUACAUUCAGCUCUUUUCACAUUUGAUUUGAUUGAAAGUGUUCUGGCUCGAGUAGAAGAACUCAUUGAAAUAAAAACAAAGUCUACCUCUGAAGAAAAUACUGGGAUAAAGUGAAAGUUUCACUUCCUAAAUAAAAACUAAUACUACAUUUUCCAUAUACCUUUAUAAAAAUUUUUCUGUAAGAACACUGUUGGGAGAAAUAAAUAUAGCUUUUCUUAUUUA